AUGACUGCUGAGGAACAUGAAGCAAAACAAUGGGAUGAACUUAAUCUUAAGAUAGUUGAUAUGAAUGUCGAUGAUGCCAAGAUGGUGAGGGCACUUAAAAGGCAACCAAAUUGGGUGUUACAGAAACUUAGAAUAGAGAGAAAUAAUAUUUCAAGCCCCAAGACAAACAAGGCAGGAGAAGAGAGAGGUCAAACAAGAAAUAAUGGAUAUGGCAGCAAUCAAAAUAAUGGACAUAAUAGAGGUAACAAUGGUAAAUAUGGAAGUGGAAAUGGAGGAGGUAGGAACAUUAAUAAUCAUAAUCAUAAUGGCAAUAAUAAUGGUAGUGGAAACAAUGCUGUGGAACAAGUGAAAAGUAAUUACCAGCUGAGAAAUAGGAAUGUAAAUAAUGAGCAGGGCAAGCCAGCAGGUAUUUUUGCCAAGGUCACAAAAUCUGGUGGAACCAAUAACAAUGCAGCCAAGGGAAAGGAUGCGAAUUCAGGGGCAGCAAUGAACAUCAUGCCUGAAGAUGUUAGGAGAGAGCUCAGGAUGCAUGUUGACACACCUUAUGGUAAGUAUUAUGCCAUGGACAAUAGGUCUGUACUUGUGGUGGGUAUUAUGAAAGAUGUAGAGUUCGGGUUUCCAGCUUGCCUGGCUACCACAUAUAAGACAAAUAUCACAGUUGUACAAGUUCCUGCAAACUAUGAAAUAUUGUUGUCUAGGCAAUGGUCAAAUUUGGUGGGUGGUCACAUUCAGCUCGAUCUAUCAUAUGCUACUAUUCCAGUAGAAGGGACAGCCGUGAGGAUAAAUAGAGAAGAGGUUGCUCUUGAUGAAGCAACUUGCUUUUGCCAUUCUGAUAUGGACAACUUUCAAAUAGGACAGGCACGUACAAUGGUGGGAUUCUCUGCUUGCAUAAAUGUCAAAGACUCUGAAAAUGAAUAA